CUCAGCGCAUCUGGUCAUCAUCAUCCUCAGCAGCAGCAGCAGCCCGUCCGGCUCCGAUGUGACCCGACCAGAACCAGAACCAGAACCCGGAGACAGCCGCCUUCUUUUUUUAUUGAAGGGUUUCGAACCUGCUCCAAGUUCCGGGACCAGCAGAACUCAGGAGGUUCUUGACGCUCCGCCGGAUGGAUUGGGGGUCCCGGGUCUGAUCGGAACCUGGUUCGAGCCUCCGCGGCUGUUCUGGAUGUGAACAGAACCUCGGGUUCGGGUCUGUGGACGCAGCUCGUGCGCCCUGCACGCGCGGAUCUCCUUCUCCUGGUUCUUCCUUCUCCUCUUCGCGUGUCAUGACUUCCAGCUAUGCGCACGUGAUGGACAGGCAAGCCACGAUACCGAACCGCCUGGAGAGCCCCAUCACGUCGAACCUGGACCAGCUGCAGGCCAAGAAGAACUUCUCUGUGAGCCACCUGCUGGACCUGGAGGAGGCCGGGGACAUGGUGGGCCCGCAGGCCGACGACGGCGUCGGGGAGGCGGGCAGGAGCCUGCUGGAGUCCCCGGGGCUGACCAGCGGGAGCGACACCACCCAGCAGGAGAACGAGCAGAUGAACACGGAGGAGAAGAAGAAGAGGAAGCAGCGCCGCAACAGGACCACCUUCAACAGCAGCCAGCUCCAGGCUCUGGAGCGGGUCUUCGAGAGGACGCACUACCCCGACGCCUUCGUCAGAGAGGACCUGGCCCGCCGGGUCAACCUCACCGAGGCCAGAGUCCAGGUUUGGUUUCAGAACAGGAGGGCCAAGUUUCGCCGGAAUGAGCGAGCCAUGCUGGCCAGCAAGAACGCCUCGCUCCUCAAGUCCUACUCAGGAGAGAUGACGGCGGUGGAGCAGCCCAUCGUGCCGCGCCCUGCGCCGCGCCCCACCGACUACCUGUCCUGGGGCAGCGCCGCCCCCUACAGCGCCAUGGCCACCUACCCCCCCUCCUGCUCCAACACAAACACGUCGCAGGGAAUGAACAUGGCCAACAGCAUCGCCAACCUGCGACUCAAAGCCAAGGAGUACAGCCUGAACCAGGUGCCCACGGUCAACUGAGGAGGGGCAGGGUGU